AAAAAACAAAUGAGGAAAGACGAAGCCGGAUGAAAAGCACCGCUGAGGAAAAACAAGACGUCUGAGAUUCUUUCUGCCGUGAUGUGACGAGAGUUUGUCCGACAGGUCGUCUCACGAUGACCGUGACGUAUUCCAGUAAAGUCGCCAACGCCACCUUCUUCAGUUUCCACCGGCUGCUGCUGCGCUGGAGAGGAAGCAUCUACAAGCUGCUGUACCGGGAGUUCAUCGUGUUCGUGGUGCUCUACACGGUGCUGAGCGUCGUCUACAGGCUCGCCCUCUUCGACCAUCAGAAGAGAUUGUUCGAGAAGCUCUCCAUGUACUGCGAUAAGUACGCAGAGCAGAUCCCCGUCACCUUCGUUCUGGGUUUCUAUGUGACUCUGGUGGUGAAUCGAUGGUGGCAUCAGUUUGUUAACAUGCCCUGGCCGGACCGGCUCAUGAUCCUCAUCUCCAGCUGCGUUCAGGGUAAAGACGAAUACGGCCGCCUGCUGCGCCGCACGCUGGUACGUUACGUUAACCUGACGUCGCUGCUCAUCUUCCGCUCCGUCAGCACCGCCGUCUGCAAACGCUUCCCCACCAUGGACCACGUGGUCGAGGCAGGUUUUAUGACUCCAGAGGAGAGGAAGGUGUUUGACGACAUCCGUUCUCCUCACCUGAAGUACUGGAUUCCCGUCGUCUGGUUCUCCAACUUGGCGUCUAAAGCUCGACAGGAAGGACGCAUCCAGGACAGCAUCGACCUGCAGAACAUUCUCAACGAGAUGAAUCGUUUCAGGACUUGGUGUUCGACUCUCUUCGGAUACGACUGGGUCGGCGUCCCGCUGGUUUACACCCAGGUCGUCACUCUCGCCGUUUACACCUUUUUCUUCGCUUGUCUGAUUGGACGUCAGUUCCUCGACCCCGCCCAGGGUUACCAUGGACACGACCUGGACCUCUACGUCCCCGUCUUCACGCUGCUGCAGUUCUUCUUCUACUCCGGCUGGCUGAAGGUAGCGGAGCAGCUGAUCAACCCGUUCGGGGAGGACGAUGACGACUUUGAAGUGAACUGGAUCAUCGACAGGAGCCUUCAGGUGUCUCUGCUGGCUGUGGAUGAGAUGCACAUGAGCCUGCCUCACAUGACCAAAGACAUGUACUGGAACGACUGCGAGGCGCGCCCGCCGUACACGCUGGCUGCUGCCGACUACUGCAUCCCGUCAUUCCUCGGCUCCACCACCGACAUGGGACUGUCUGACAUCCUGCAGUUCGACGAGGCUGAUGUUAGCGAUGGUCAUCCACGGCAACAGGAGACUGUUUUGGCUUGGCGCCAAGAAUCUGUUCUGGGUCGAGUCCGGCGGCUGCUGAGUGUUCAGGAUCCUCCUGAACUCCGACCUCCUCGACCCAUCUUCAAGCGACAUAGCAGUGACGCAACAGGAAGCUUCUUCCCAGACUUCAGGGUCAAUCCGAGUCCAGAGGACAUGGGUCUGGACACCCUAUCCACCUUAAGGGAGGUAAGCAGCAACCCUCCAUCUCCUGAAAGCCCACCCUCUACUGUUUUCCCCCGACUCGUCGUCAGUCCGCCGUUGUCCGGUGGCGGCUGUCACAACAUGGAAUCUUCUGGCAACGGUGAAGCGGCAAGAUCCCAAAAUGGACUGGAUCCUUCCCCCUCUGAGGAGGCACCGGGCUUGGAUACCUCGAGGACCAGCUCCACAGUUUGUUGUUCCCCAACCCAGUUGGGACCCAAGGAAUUCCGUUGGACAAAUCGCCCACCGACCCGGCCACGGGGCCGCCAGUUCUCCCUCCAGUUCUCAAGGCAGUCAUCGAAAGCGUCGGUCCGAAGCCUGCCGAGCCCCAAGGCUUUGGGAAGGCGGAGACGAGGCCUGGCUCGAUUCCAAACCCGACGAUCACCCGGUCCACCUACCAACACACUGCAGCUACCCGACCCUGAGUACGACCAAGACUUCCAGGGAGUGGCAGGGACCGAGGAUGACGAGAAGGAAGGAACCAACGACAGUGAAGCGAACAAAAACGAUGACUCCCAAUCGCAGAGCUCGGAGAACAAAUGAGGGCCACUCACAAAGUAACAUGAUACUACGAAUCUCAGAGCUGGUAAUGAGAUUUCACCGCAAGAAAAGUCACAAGAAGACAGCUGCUUAUAAAUCUCCAACCUCAGAAGGGAUGUUUUGAAACCUGAGUCACUGGAGACCAACCGUCACACUAAAGAACGCAAAAGAAUCCUAAUACUGGUGAUCAACUUUUAAGCUCAGGAAAUGAGCAACUUGGGCUAAAAUUGGAAGACCAAACAACCUGAGCUUGAUUGGCUCAAACACCUGCCAUUUAAAAAAAAAGCCUUUUUCAUGCCUUAAUAUUUUGUUAAUUCUCGACACACACCGGAAGACGUGAAAUUAGUCACCAAGACCUGAACCUGAUGUGGGGAAAAAUUGUGUUGACUGUCAAAAGUUGGGGUGUUUUCCCAUUCACUUCAAUACAUUUAGCGGUUUUGUUGGAUGCCAUCUGGUGGCUAUUAGAGGAACUGCAGCUAAACACACUUCAGUUUUGGAUCCACGCAACUGUGGUGACUGCUGAUUAGAUAAAAUACUCAGGAUUACUGACUCCACUUAAAAGGUCCUUUCAUGGCACAAAA